CAACAGAGACCGCUGUAGUUAUUCUGUGGCUUGAAGUGUUGAGUACGUUUAAUUCUAUGCCUAAGUCUAAAAUAAGAAUAUAACAAGCUUAUUUGAAUAGAUUUUUGAUUUCCUUGCAUUGAAUAACUUCAGAAGUUUUGAUAGAAAAGACUACUCCAAAGAUGACUAUGGAACCUAGGGAAAAAGUAAAACUUUCUAAACAUGUAUUAGACAUGAAGUUUAUGAAGAGAAGUAAGGAGAAAGUUCAAAAAGAGACUGAAGAAGAAGAAAGAAAAUCUAUACUUGAAAAUCAUGUCAUACAUGAUUUGAAGAAAGAAGGGAAAAAAUUUAUUAUGGAACCAAGUUUUGGACCUUGUGAAGAACUUGUUAGUGGUAGGAUGUCUUUUAAGGGCAUGAAUCCAGAGAUAGAGAGAAUAAUGGCAGAAAGAGAACUGGCUGCUAAUCCAAAUCAACAUAAAAUGGAUGGUAUUUCAGAUAAAGAAAUGACAGAAAGGUAUUCUAGUUUAAUUGGUACAAUAGCAAAAAAAUUUGGAAAGAAACGAGACAGAUCGGAAUCAGUAAACAAAAAGCAAGAGAAAACUGAAAAUGAAUCAAGAAAAAGGAAAUUCAGGAAGCCAGUAGAUGAAUAAACUUUACACUAAACUAAAACUAUCAACAUCAUAACCUGAAAUUUCACACUAGUUAAUAGAAUGCAUAUUCUAAAAUUUCUUGCUUGUCCAGAGGUUGAUAUAGAUGGCAACAGGAUGACAUGAAAUUCAUAAAAAUAUGAAACGGUGCAUCUGUAUAGUUUUCUUUUUUUUUCUAAUUGGAAUUAUAAAAGAGUAUAGUUAGGAAAUUAAA